UUGAGGUUGAGGGGGAGAAGCUGAUCUUUGGAGUCGGGCAUGUUCUAACAUAUCCCGACAGACCAGGAUCCGGAGUGUGUGAACUGUCAGUGCGCGCGGACUGAAUUUACUCACACACACUCACACCGGAGAGUGUGUGUGUGUUGUUACCAAAUGUAGAACUAAAGUCAUUCCUCUGAGUUUUCCUCUGUGUUGUCCUGUGAUGGUUUCCUCUUCCUCCUCCUCCUCCUGCUCCUCUUCCUCACCAGGAUCCUCUAUGACUCUGUAACAGUUGGAUCCACAGACGCGUCUCCGCCGUGUCCUCAUGUCUGUCCAGGUCAAAGUGAUGAAGGACGGUCUGCUGGAGAAGCGCAGCAGUGGACUCUUACAGCUGUGGAAGAAGAAGCGCUGCGUCCUCACAGAGGACGGACUGCGGCUCCACAGCUGCCGCAGCGGCGGCGGUGACGCGGCGGCGGCGACGACGCGCGGCUCCGCCGGAGCCAAGGAGCUGCGCUUCGAGCGCAUGGCGACUGUGGACUGCGUGGAGCACAAGCGCGGCCUGGUCUACUUCACCGUGGUCAUGGUCACGGGCAAGGAGAUCGAUUUCCGGUGUCCGCAGGACGGCGCGCCGUGGAACGCGGAGAUCGCGCUGGCGCUGGUGCGGUACAAGAACCUGCAGGCGGUGCGGAGCGGCAGGAACCGACACCUGUCCACCACCGGUCAGCUGGGCAGCACCGGAGAGGACGAGGAGCUCUGAGGUGUUUGUGUCUUCCUGGACGUGGACCAAUCAGAGUGGAGGAGACACCGUUGACUGACGUGAUUCAGUGGUGAAAAGCACGAUGGGAUGUUAGAGAAUCUCUGACGACGGAGGAUUAAUGGACUCAUAGGAAUCUGUGGUGACGUCAUGAGGUCGUGACGCCAUAAGGAAAAAGGAAAAAGACUUCUUUGUGGACAAACUGUGGAGCGGGGACACGUCGUCCUCACGUCCACACCGGUGCCUUUUAUUGUAUAAAAAACUUUUUUAUGUGGAGAAUAUUUUCUUAUCUGACGUUGCGUCGCUUUGUUUCUUCAGUCUUAAUUUGAAAGUAAGCGCACUGACCUGGUUCUUUGUUACAGACUGAACUAAACGUUGUCUCCUGUAAAUCACAUUAUCACACGUCUUCACUGUCUUCACUGUCUUCACUGUCACUUACGUUCUAUAACAGAAAAUAUGACAUUAAUUGACAUUUCUACAGACGUGAAAGAGGAAACAUUGGGUAUUUUUUGAUUUUAAAGCAGAGUUUCACUCUAAUUUAAGAGCUUCAGAGUUGUUGUGAUGGUUUAAAUGUUAAUCCUGUCUCAUCGCCCCCUACUGUCUGUGAGAGGAAAACCAGAGGAGUCCUCAGAACCAGGAGGUCUCCUGUCUCGUGUACUCCCUUCACCUCAGGAUUGUUCUCCUUGCAGGAACCCACCAUGAGUCAAGAGCCAUCAAAUUCAAGGACUUUUUCAAGAAACUUCCAGGGCCAAUUCCCUCAAAUUCAAGGACAGAAUGUGCGGACACGGCUUAAGAUGAGAGGGCAAACUUGUAAGAGCGUCUUUGUCCUUGAUGGCGUCCACUUUUAUUGUUCUGCUUCUGGACAAGUGAUUGUCCUCGGGAUCUUGGUCAAAGUCAGUCUUUGUAAAUUGGUCAUUUGCUUUCUCUUGUCUUAACUUUACUCGCUCAUUGUUCUGUCACAGAGAGACAGUGUCCACAACACCGUCCUAGUAAUGACGUCUCCACAUUUGUCCUGCUUAGGCCUAGACUACGUACAUCAAGCAACACAGAGCGUGACACAGUAACAAACAAGGGAGACAAGCUUUCAAGGGCCUUGAAUUUUGUUUUGCAAAUUCACUAAGGAUUUAACUUCUUUCUUGCACAGAAUUCAAGCACUUUCAAUGACCAUACCUGCUCAAGGUGAUUUUCAAGAACUUUCAAGGGCCUUGAAUUUUGAUUCCAAAUUCACAAACUUUUAAGGACCCUUGGAAACCCUGAAGAGCACAUUGGCAGUGAAAGAUCAACUUAACUUCUUUCUUGCAACAAAAUUCAAGCACUUUAAAUGACCCAUGUGUAUUUCAGGCAAUUUUCAAAAACUAUCAAGGACCCUUGAAGGGCACAUUUGUGCAGAGACACAUUUACCUUAAUAUCAACUUCUUUCCUGCACAAAACUCAAGCACUUUCAAUGACCCAUGACUAUUUAGAGUGACUUUCAAAAUAUGUCAAAGGCUUUGAUUUUUGUUAAGCAAAUUUACAAGGACACUUUGGCGGCGAGACACAUUUACCUAAAUAUCAACCCAUGUGUAUUUCAAUAGAUUUUCAAAAACUUUCAAGGGCCUUAUUGUGUUUUUUCAAAUUCAGAAACUUUCAAGGAUUUCAAGGACCCUGAAGGGCACAUUAGCUGUGGGAGACAGAUAAGUCUUUUAGCUAACUAAUUGUUACGAUUAACAAGGGUUCCAAUGGGUCUUUGAAAUUUUUGCAAGGGCCCUUGAAAGUUUUUGAGAAGACACAGAUCAUUAAAAGUGUUUGAACUUCAGUUGAUAUUUAGGUAAAUCUUUAAUCUGUCUUAUUUCAUCGAUUUAAUCUGAGCAUAGACCUCGUCCCCACCCUAGUAACUCGGUGCCCCCCCUCAUACUCAUAUUUUCUAGGAACGCCCCUGGUGUUGCGACAUGAAAACACACCAUAAAGUUCUCACAACAACAUAAUAAUCUGCGAUAAAUCCUCCAAAUUUUCAACCUCAGAUUGUGGUCUGAUGUCUGGCCAACAUCGCGGGGAAGGUUUGUGAUUUACGACGUGAGAGAAAAAACGUGAUUACAGUCGAGUCGCGUGGGAACGGGACUUUGGCGAGACAGCGUUUUUUUUUUCUUCACUCCGACAGGAAACAUUAAAACUGUACGCCGUUUUUUGAUUUUUUUACUCGCAUUCAUUGCACAUGAUAUUCUGUAUAAACCAUGCUCAGUGUUACACAUUUAACAAAAAUAAAGAGUUUUCGUGUUUUUCCCUCA